GCAGAUAUUCAGCAUGGCUCUUAACAUCCCAGGAGUAAUAGCAAUGGUGUUUUUCUACCUGCUGGUACUUGGGACUGGCAUCUGGGCUUCUUUCAAAUCCAAAAGGGAAAAGAGGAAAAGUGAAGCCACUGGAAUGGAGAUGACACUGCUGGGCAACCGCAGCAUUAGCAUGGUGGUGGGGAUCUUCACAAUGACAGCUACGUGGAUUGGGGGAGGCUUCAUUGUUGGAACAGCUGAGAUGGUGUACACACCCUCUAUGGGACUAACCUGGGCGAUCAUGAUGAUGAUUGCAUACAGCUCAUCUUUUAUCAUUGCUGGCUUCGUGUUUGCAAAGCCAUUGAGAGAAAGACACUGUGUGACGAUGCUGGACCCUUUCCAUGCCAAGUAUGGAAAAUCAUUAACAGCUGCACUAACCCUGGCUGCUCUUUUAAUGGAUCUACUGUGGGUUCCCACAAUACUUAUUGGUUUAGGAGGACUUAUGAGUGUGGUCCUGGAUUUGUCCUACACUGUGUGCAUCUGGAUCUCUGCUGCCGUUGCCAUUACCUACACACUGCUGGGAGGUCUCUACUCUGUGGCCUACACAGAUAUUAUACAGCUUGUGCUCAUAUUCGUCAGCUUGUGGAUCUGUGUUCCCUUUGUUUUGAUGAGCCCAUACUCUUUGGACAUUGGACAGACACUGACAAACAACACCUUACAUGCUCCCUGGAUUGGUACACUGGGGCUGAAAAGGACCUGGAUAAUGAUUGAUAAUUUCUUAUACUUUGCACUGGGGAGUAUGGGAUAUCAGUGCUUCCACCAGAGGACCUUGUCGGCAUCUUCCACAUCCACAGCCAAGAUCACUUGCUUUAUUGCCGCUGCCAUCUUACCUACAUUUGGGAUACCUCCUAUACUGCUUGGGGCAGCUGCUGCAUCCACAGACUGGAACCUGACCUCCUAUGGUUCUCCAUCUCCAUAUGAACGUGGGGAAUCAGUUCUAGUUCUUCCCAUCACCCUGCAGCACCUCACCCCAUCAUUCGUCUCCAUUAUUGGUACUGGAUGUGUGGCUGCUGCCGUGAUGUCAUCGGUUGACUCUGCACUGCUUUCGGCAUCUUCUUUGUUCACCUCAAACAUAUACAAGAGCAUUCUCAGGCCUCAGGCAUCAGACAGAGAGACUCAGUGGGUGAUCCGUGUGUCUGUGUUGGUAGUGGGCUUGGUUGGUACAUCACUGACAAACCUGAAAAACAGCAUGUUGGUGUUCUGGUUCACUGGCGCUGAAGUGGCCUAUGUCGUAAUCUUCCCUCAACUUGUCUGCAUCCUCUUCUUCAACAUCUCAAAUGGUUAUGGGGCUAUGAUGGGUUUGCUGGUGGGAUUUGUGUUGAGACUGCUCAGUGGAGAGCCCUCACUAGGAUUACCACCAGUCAUACACUUCCCAGGAUGCGCUCUUGAGGAUGGUGUUUAUGUCCAGUACUCUCCAGUGAAGACCAUCUCCAUGCUGUCUGCCAUUGCUGCCAUCUUGUUGUUCUCCUGCCUGGUUUCUGUGCUCUUCAACAAAGGACUGCUUCCUGAGAAGUGGGAUGUGUUCAAAGUGAAAGCUCAGCAUUCACCCAAACCACUGACACCAACAGAUGGAGCCACAGAAAAUAAUGUAAAGGAGAAAUUAAAUAGAGACAACUCUCAGACCUUGGCUGCGGUCGAAUAGUCUUUUUUGCUUAGGAAGGUUCCUAACUGAGUGAAAUGAACCGGAAGUAUCUAAGUGGCAGCCAUGAUAAGAGCUGGUCGAAUUCUCUAAAUUUUAAGGAAAGGUGCUUCAGUGCUUCCUUUCUAAUAUCCUUUAGCAUAGGGUACACUGGACCAUCCUUUAAGAGAGGAAAGGAGAUAAUUCCGUCCCACAAGUCCUUGCGGCGGCAAUAUUUAAAGUGACCAAGCGACUCGCCAUUCACAAACUCAAAUGAUUAGCAAAGAAAAAGAUCAACAUGACUGAGAAAGGAAGGAGAUCACCAUGUAAGUUACCGUUGUUUAUGGGGGAAUUGUUGGGUCUCUGUUAAUUCAAGAGUAUUAUCUAGACCUACCCUAUGUGUAAAGUGCCCUGAGAUGACUUUCUUUGUGAUUUGGUGCUAUAUAAAUAAAAUUGAAUUGAAUUGAAUUGAAAAAUAAAAAAGAUAAUCAAUGAAGUAACGUUGCUGUGCCUCGUGCAUAAAUGCGCAUAUACUUGGCAUAUCUGGAGAUUUAAAUAAUCAAUGAAGUUACUGCUUCCCACUUUUUAUUCCCCUGUACAGUGUUUCCCUGCAGAGCUACAUAUCAUAACAAAAAAUACAAAAGACUGUAACGUUAAAAGAUAUCUGCCUGAGGUUAUUAAAUACUUGCAGCGAGCAAUUAUUAUUAUAAUUAUAUUUAAUAUUAUUAUUAAUAUUAUUAUUUAUCUGUCUAUCUAUGCAGUAGGGGCACAUAAUAUUGAUAUAACAGUAAAGGCCAAACACAAGUUGGUUACUGGUUGUGGUCUAAUUUCUAUUCCAAUUGCCCAUUUGAAGAAGAAAAUGGAAAAAGCACGUGGAUUUCCAUUAUUUUUUUAUUCACACGGAAAAACAAAAUAAUGCAUUUAAUAUUUUUUUAUCCUGUUAUAAAACAAACAAGCUGAACACAGCUGUGGGCGGAGGGGACACGCACCCGUAACAUAUGCUCACUUUGCAUCAGUCAUUUAUUCAUUUGAGCGUUGUUGUAUUGCCAGCCUUUAGUAAUAUCAUUAAUUAAUUUUACUACUUGGGAUUCAGAUGGUGAGUGUGAGCAAGCAUUCUCAAUGUGACAAUUUUUUUUCAGUUUGUGGCUGGUAGCCUAUAUUCCUUUUUGAAAUUCAAUUCCGACCUUAGUAAUGAAACAAUAUCUUUCGUGUUGUCCACGUUAAUAUAUCCUGCAUGAAUCAACACGAUGAGAACGUACGGGAUGUAUUAUCUAAGAUGCGCUUUCUGUAGUCCAUCUUCAGAACAUUGUAGUUUCACCACAGCAGGCCCACAUCAAUAACAUCCGCCGUCGCAUCAUUACAUAGCCCAGUGUAAGUGCAGUGGGAUUCUCUCAGCACCACAGUUGUCUUUUCCUAAGUCCUUAUGAAAUCUCCUUCACAUCUCCCCUUGACCCUGUGACGUUUUCCAUCGAGGUCAAGGAAAAGUGGUUAGGAAAAGACGAUAGAAGAGACUUUUCGACCGCAGCCCUUGUCAUCAAAGCCGAUGAUUAGCACCAGCUGUAAGUGUCCAUGUGUGUAGAGAAGUAUCUGUUUCUUGAAGCAUAAAAUAGACUAAAUAUUAGAGGUGGGGGAAAAAAUUGAUACAGUAUAGUAUCGCGAUAUAUUGCGGGCUGAUAUUGUAUCAAUAGAUGGACAUCAAGUAUCAAUAUUUUAGCAAAGAUGGUGUUCAAUGGUAAAGUAAUGAGGUGACAAUAUGAGCAGAACUCCAAAAGACGAAUCACAACCAGGUGCAGGGACUUUGUUGAUCUCAGCCUCCCAGGGAAUUAUUUUAGAUCAUUCUCAGUCAUCACCUUAGGUCUAAACAUAAGGCAACAAUUUAAUUAUCAAAAUACUGAAAAUGUAAAUAUGCUGCACACAUGUAAACAAAAAGACAGUGAUUAAAACAUCAGAAUGCUACAAAUAAAAGAGUCAAAAAAUGUUCCCUGUAUGAUUCAUUGCCCUGAUAUAGUUAAAGACCCUGAGGGAACUCAACACA